AUGUGGGAGCUGCUGGCUCUUGGGCUGCUCGUUCUGGCCUAUUUCUUCUGGCCUAGGGCCAAGUUCUCUGGUGCCAAGUACCCCAAGAGCCUUCCAGCCCUGCCCCUAGUGGGCAGCCUGCCAUUCCUCCCCAGACACGGCCAUAAGCAUGUCAAUCUCUUCAAGCUACAGGAGAAAUACGGCCCGGUCUACUCCAUGCGGGUGGGCAGCAAGACGACAGUGAUCGUGGGCCAGCACCAGCUGGCCAAGGAGGUGCUUGUAAAGAAAGGCAAGGAGUUCUGUGGACGGCCCCAACUGGCUACCCUGGACAUCUUGUCAGACAACCAAAAGGGGAUCGCCUUUGCGGACUACGGCGCCCACUGGCAGCUGCAUCGGAAGCUGGUGCUGAGCACCUUUGCCUUGUUCAGGGAAGGCAAUCAGAAGCUGGAGAAUAUCAUAUGUCAGGAAGUUAGUGUGUUCUGCGAUUUGCUGGCUGCCUUCGAUGGACAGACCAUCAAUCUGACCACAUCUGUCUUCACGGCAAUAACCAACAUCAUCUGCCUGAUCUGCUUCAACACCUCCUACACAAAGGAAGACCCCGAGUUGCAGAUCAUGCAGCAUUACAACGAGGGCAUCAUCAACACUCUGGACAAGGACACCCUGGUGGACAUCUUCCCAUGGCUGAAGAUUUUCCCCAAUAAAACACUGGAGACGAUGAGAAAAUACGUGAAAAUGCGUGACGAUGUGCUGAAUGAAAUAUUUGAAAAAUGCAAGGAGAAAUUCAACAGCGACUCGAUCACCAACAUGCUGGACAUACUGAUGCAGGCCAAAGUGAACUCAAUCAACAACAACGCCAGCCAGGGGCAGGACUCUGAGAUACUCUCGGAUAGACACAUCCUCGCCACCGUAGGGGACAUCUUCGGGGCUGGCGUGGAGACCACCACCUCUGUGGUGAAAUGGAUUGUGGCCUUCCUGCUACACAACCCCGAGCUGAAGAAGAAGAUCCACGAGGAGAUCGACCAGAAAGUGGGGUUUAGCCGUAAGCCCACCAUCAGCGACCGGAACCGGCUCCUGCUGCUGGAGGCCACCAUCAGGGAAGUGCUUCGCAUCAGGCCCGUGGCCCCCAUGCUCAUCCCGCACAAGGCCACCACUGACUCCAGCAUUGGCGAGUUUACCAUAGAUAAGGGUACAAACGUCAUCAUCAACCUGUGGGCUCUGCAUCACGAUGAGAAGGAGUGGGACCGCCCGGACCAAUUCAUACCUGAGCGCUUCCUGGAUCCAGCCAGAAGCCAGCUCAUCUCACCUUCACUGAGCUACCUGCCCUUCGGAGCUGGACCCCGAUCCUGUGUUGGGGAGAUCCUGGCUCGCCAGGAGCUCUUCCUGUUCAUGGCCUGGUUGCUGCAGAGGUUCGACCUGGACGUGCCGGAGGAUGGGCAGCUGCCCUCUUUGGAGGGCAACCCCAAGGUGGUCUUUCUGAUCAACCCUUUCAAAGUGAAGAUCACGGUGCGCCAGGCCUGGAGGGAAGCCCAGGCUGAGAGUAGCACCUAG